AUGUACCCGCCGCAGCCGCAGCUAGGCAGCAGCCCCAACAUCAGCCCCACGGGCGCGUCGCUUCCCGGGGCCCAGCCCCAGAAGAACUUCGGCGCCCUCGACUUCGACGGCCCGGCUGCGAGCGGGCCUUCUGGCGCGCCGGGGGCCCCGAUGCCCGGCAUGCCAGGCGCACCGCCAAUGCCUCAGCCUGGCAUGAUUCCGAUGAUGAGCAUGCAGCAGCUCCAGCAGCAGCCCCUGCCGCAGCUGCAGCAGAUGCAGGCAGUGCUCCAGCAGCAGUUGCAGCUGGUCAUGCAGGCCAUGCAGAUGCAAGCCCAGAUGGCGCCUGGCAUGCCCGGCAUGCCCGGCAUGCCGGGGCAGAUGAUGCCUGGCGCGAUGCAUCCGGGGCCAGAGGCCGCAGCGCAGCCGCAGCCAGCUGCGAGCCCACCGCAGUUCGGCGACCUGUUGAACACUUGGAAGCAGCAAACCGCCCCAGGUGUCGCGCCAGCGCCGGCGCUGCCUGCCCAGGCUGCGAUGGAGAACCCCUUCGACUUGAUGUGA